GGUGGGGGAAGCCGAAAAGCCAAAGUGUUUCGUGGACGCGUCUAGAGCUAGCUCUCUUUCAUUUUCUCGCUCUACAAGCAAGGUAGACUGCUAAACAUGGGCGAUAAUGCUGUGGACAAAGUUGACAUGUCACUAGAUGACAUCAUCAAACAGAAUCGUAAGGAGAAAAGAGAGGCGGCGAGACAAGGUCGCAACAAAAAAGUCACAAAACUCAUCGGCAAACCAGGUGCUCGCGCUGCCCUAGCCCUGAAGGCUGUCCGAGGGCGGGGUCGGGGCGCCCGCGGGGCGGGGACGUCAGCCCGAGGGGCGGGGAGAGGAGCCAGGAGGGGUGGGGCAGCCGGACGUGGGGGGAGGGGCAGAGGGGGUGGGGCUGGGGUCGGCCGGCUCAACAGACAAGGGGGAGCACAGCAGCAGACUGGAGCGAACCGGCCGCAGAACCAGCGCAGCCAGCUGAACUCCCUGCGGAAACAGAAGCUGCAGCAGGCACGGCAGCGACUACAGCAGCAGCAGCAGAGGCAGCAGCAACAGAACAGACAGAACAAACAGUUCCAGAACAGGGGACUGCAGCAGCCUCAGCAGCAGAGAGGUCGAGGACGGGGUCGGGGUGGAGGUCGCGGGCGGGGUCAGCUGAACAGGAGAGGGGCAUUACAGGGUUACCAGGGUAACCGACAACAACAACAGCCACAACAACAACAGCAGAACAGAAGAAAAUGGAACAACACCCCACGAGGCCCCCCUCCCACCCACAUCCUGACUGUGUCCGUCCCUAACCCACUGGCAAAGGGAGCAGCCGGGUCACAACAGAAGAACCAGGGAUUCUCCAGAGGGUUUAACAAUGCAGGGAACAAGGGUGGCUUCAAGACAUUAAGUGACCGGUUCUCUGCGACGCAGCAGGCGACUCCCAGGGGUCAGCAGGUCAGAGGUCGCGGGGGCAGACGAGGUCGUGGAGGGGGCAGAGGUCGUGGCAGGGGCGGGGUCAUGGGUCGAAUGGUCACUCUACACUGAUGACUGUCCCAGUGUCUGUGUUUUUUAGAGCUGAUUUUUUUAUGGUUGAAUGAAUGGCUUCUUUCUUCUCCCCAAGAAGGCUCAUCCAUUUGUGCUAAAAGACUUUGUAUUGUAGGAAGUUGAACUUUUGAUCCAACUUGUAGACAGUUGGGAAUUCUUAACUUCUAUCAAGUCUUCAGACCAGUAGCUCAGUAGAACUAAAUCAUUUUCACUGAGAAGACUGAAGUUACUGUUGAAAGUUCUAUUCUGCUCUGCUUUACAAAAGUUCGACUUCCUACAGCAUUGUAGGAAGUUGAACUUUUGAUCCAAUUUGUAGACAGUUGAGAAUUCUUAACUUUUAUCAAGUCUUCAGGCCUAUAGUUCAGGAGGAGUAAAUCAUUUCCACUGAGAAGACUGAAGUGACAGUUGAAAGUUAUGUUUGGCUUUGCUUUACAAAAGUUUGACUUCCGACAACAUUGUUGUUUGUUUGGUUUGUGUAGAUGGAUUGCUGUAAGUUGUAACUGUAGAUACUAAAAACUUGCUCUGCUAGUUUAAGUUUUUCAUCAAAUACCUUGACACCUGGGUUGCUUGUUUACCUCAUCAAGACAAGUAUGAGUUUGUCAUCUGAAAUCCUACAGCUACAAUGUAGCUUCAUCUUUCUCACCCAAAUGACAUCACUUCUCUAAUCAGUUUACGUUGCUCUAUGUGCACAUGAGUUGAUGAUGUAUGACCAGUGGUGAACAGGGAGUGAUGAUGUAACAACUGCAGGAAACAGUGACAUCAUUGCAUAGAAUGUACUUGUAGGUAAAAUCAACCACAUAUGCACAAUUCAAACUUAUGAUCAUGCCCCUUUCCUCUGGGUCCCUUCUAAGCACAGUUUAGACUAGAAGUAGUACCAUACCGUGUCUUCACUCACACAGACCAGCUCUGCCACUUUACAUGUAAAUUUGUACUUAUAUUUCCCAUAUAUUUCAUAAUAACAGCCUGUAUUAUAGCCAAACUACAAGUGUAAAACAGUACUGAACAAGACAGAACAACUUUUAUCUUUGUAACAGUGUAUGAAUGAUGGAGAAAACAUCUAGUAGUGCAACUUAGAACCUUUGUAUGGUUGUUUGUGUGAUUUGUAUGAAGUUAUGUCCAGUAGUAGUAAAAAGAAUGUUGUCAAAACGUAGAGUACAAGUAGGAGUAAGAAUACAGGCAUUUGUGGACCAAGAAUCACUGUCAUUUUGCACUUUGUCGUAACAUUUUAAUGUUUUUUGUAAACAUACAUUUGACGAACAGAAUUUUUUCACAAGAUAGCUAUGCCAAUUUGAAUUAGGUUACCCUUUCUAAAGACAACAAAUUUCACAGGGAUUGUAGCACAGUAUGAAAGAUAGCAUAAUCGGUUUUGAAGAUUUGCCACUUUUUUAUGGUGCUCAUAGCAUGUUCUUGUACAAUGAAAAAGAUUGGGGGGU